CGCGACAAGCGAGCCCGUCACUUCUGGGCAGGCCAAUCGGGAACAGUAUCGUGCACCAUCGCGCACCCCUUCUUUCUCACUCACACACACACAUUCUCUCUCUCUCUCUCACUCUCUCUUUCUCUCAUCUUCUUUUUCGUCUCUCACCGAUUGCUCUCUGAUAUCAUCCGUGCCGUGAGCUGAAUCGGCCUUCCAGAUGCUCGGUUUCUUCUUCCUGGCCUACGUGGUGGCCGUAAAGGUCUUCAAAAAAGUCACCCCCAAUGGCAAGGUCACGGUCUACCUGGGCAAGCGAGACUUCAUCGACCACCUGGACUACGUGGACCCCAUCGAUGGAGUCGUGGUCAUCGAGAAUGACUACCUGCAGGGUCGCAAAGUCUACGGACAGGUGAUCACCACCUACCGUUACGGUCGCGAGGAAGACGAGGUGAUGGGCGUCAAGUUCAGUCGGGAGAUGGUGCUGUGCAAGGAGCAGAUUUUCCCCAACAAGAAGGAGAAGCCGGAGACCACGCCGAUCCAGGAUCGCUUGCUGCGCAAGCUCGGGCCUAACGCCUACCCGUUCUUCUUCCAAUUUCCCAGCAAUUCGCCCAGCUCGGUGACUCUGCAACCCGGCGACGACGAUCAGGGCAAGCCGCUGGGUGUCGAAUACACCGUCAAGAUCUACGUAGCCGAAAGCGAAGACGACAAGGGACACAAACGAUCGUCAGUCGCCCUGGCCAUCAAGAAGCUGCAGUACGCUCCGCCCACCCGUGGACGGAGACUUCCCAGCUCGUUGGUCUCCAAGGGAUUCACCUUCUCACAGGGCAAGCUCAACCUGGAGGUAACCCUCGACAAGGAGAUCUAUUACCACGGCGAGAAGGUGUCGGCCAAUGUCAUCGUCACCAACAACUCUCGCAAGGCCGUGAAGAACAUCAAGCUGUUCGUCGUGCAACACUGCGAAGUGACCAUGGUCAACGCCCAGUUCUCUCGACACGUCGCCAGCCUGGAGACCCGCGAGGGCUGCCCCAUCACGCCCGGGGCCUCCUUCAGCAAGCAGUUCUACAUGGUGCCAUUGGCCAGCAGUAACAAGGAUCGCCGCGGUAUCGCCCUCGACGGCCAUCUCAAGGACGACGACGUGAACCUCGCAUCCUCGACGAUGGUCGCCGAGGGCAAAGCCCCCAACGACAACAUGGGUAUCGUCAUCUCCUAUUCUGUCCGCGUUAAGCUCAACUGCGGCACUCUUGGUGGCGAACUGGUCACCGACGUUCCCUUUAAACUCAUGCACCCGGCCCAAGGAGCUGGAAGUGGCGAGGAGCGCAAGGAAAAGAGCAUGAAGAAGACCAAGAGCGUCGACAAGAACCGCUACGAUGGCUACGCGAACGAUGACGAUGACAACAUCGUCUUCGAGGAUUUCGCCCGUCUUCGUCUCAACGAACCCGAAUAAUUCCCGCUCGACAUUGUCGGCGAGUGUUCCUGCUCUGGCAUGAUCAAGCGCUUCUCUCUAUAUAUCGUUUUCCCUUGCAGCAUUGAUAAAAAAUCUUAAAAAAAAUAUAUAUAAAAACUGAUUAAAAAAUUUCAUUUGUUUGUCGACUAGCUUCUAGAUCAUACCUAGGAGAAAACGUACUUUAAAUACUGAUACUUCAUAGCUAUGAAUAAUGCGUUAAUUUUCUUGUUCAUACUGAUGUAUACAACGAAAAUAAUUUAAUAUAUAAUCUUAAAGAAACAGAAAAAAAAGCUUUGUAAAAAAAAUUUGAUACGUUUCAAAGCAAAAAAAGAGGAAAAAAGUCUAAAAAAUAUCGUUAACAUCGUCUCGAGGAUUUCCAUUCGAUUGUGGUGGUCGAAUGGAAAUUCGGUGGGGGGCGAACAAAAAAAUGUUCAAGUAAGUUGUGCGUUAACAUUUAACUUUACAACAUACACAUUUCCUGACUAACCAGAAGUGACAUAUUAUCUUAUUAAUUAUUAUCAUAUAUUUAUCUUAGCUUUAAGAAUAUAUAACUUGGAAAGCCUUUUGAUUCCCGAUACUGUUGAAUUUUUGCUGUACAUUACUUCAAUGAAAGAUAUUAUCUAUAUUUUUCUGGAUUCACAUCUUUGACAGUUUAAUGUUGUUGAACUGCAAUUUUAUUAAUAUAUUGUUGUAACUUGAUAAUAAAAUAAUGUUCAUCAAAGGUAUAUAA